CACAGAAGCGGACAUUCUUUCUGCGCAUGCUCUCUCUCGCUCUCUCUAUGAGCCGAUUCUGGUUCUAUCUUCUUUUUAUCUUUUUCUCAAUUAAAAGCCCUAGCCUCAUCCUCUUCGUCUGUUUCGCGGUGUAUUUGUUCAUCCACUACAGGACGCGAUAGAGAAAGAUGCGAAGACAGGGAGGGGGCGAUGGAGAAAGAGGUCGCAGAAUCUCGUGCCCUUGCACUGGCAAUCUGUGUGACGUGGUUCCGUGAUUUCGGAACGUGCUGUUCUCUCCGCCGAGGUCGUCAGACGCACUGGACGGCAUGGUUACGUUACAGUCCCGCUAGCGUCCGGUGGGGGGAGCGUAAGAGGAGUUAAAACAUGGUCAUGAGGGACCAUGUCCAUUAAUACGAAGGGCAAGAGAACGUGUGCCUUGAUAAACCCUAGCUCAGCCAGUGUCUGAGUAGUGAACAUUGUGUGUGUGUGUGUAUGCUAUAAUGGGUCUGUCACUGUCUGGAUGGCUGGGUGGCAUCCCAGCCAAGAUGAAGAAGGAUGCUCCCUCCUCUUCCUCCUUCCUCCCACUGUCCAUCCCUACCUCCUCACGCCUUUCACUCCUCCUAAACUCCUCUCCCGUUGACCCUGGAGACCCCCGGUGCCGCUGGAGCCCCACACACUGUUCACCUCACUUCCUGCUGUCCCAGUGCGGGGAGGAAGUGACACGCGCACCCACCCAGCAGAUCAGCGACGGGGCUCGGGGGGAGAAGGGGGAAAGGGGAGGAAUGCACGUCUGGGAGGUGCUCUGGUGCCCCACCCACAGAGGAAGUCAUGCUGUGAUUGGUGUAUCCACAGAGCACUGCCCGCUACAAACCUCUGGUUACACUGCACUGAUGGGCGGAGACUCACAGUCCUGGGGAUGGGAACUCACAAACAAUCAGCUGUGGCAUGCAGGGCAAGCCCUGGGGAGGUACCCCGGGGAGAGAGGGGUGCAGGCGGAAGAGCAAUCUGUGUCCCCCCCUCACCCUGUCCCGGAGCGCGUGCUGCUGGUUCUGGACGCAGACACAGGAACUCUGGGAUAUGUAGUAGAUGACUGCUUCCUGGGCAUGGCCUUUAAGGACCUCCCCCAAGGGGUGGAGCUUUUCCCAGCCAUUAGCAGCGUACGGGGUGGAGCCUUCAUACGACUACGCUACCUCAACGGAGCUACCCGUGAGCCUCCUGCACUGAUGGCUCUCUGUGGUCUGUCCAUCCAUGUGUCCAUGGGGAAAGAGAGAGAGACUCAGACAGACAGACUGCCUCUGCCUCCUCCUCUUCAACGCUACAUCCUGCCCAGCAUGUGACACACACACCCACACACAAACUAUAGAGUAAAUAGGAACGUUCUCACUGACUCAAGGUCCAUAUACGGCUAAAUUACAGUUUUUAAUUGAAUUAAGCAGGUCAUCCAUAAAAUAAAUUAGCCUCUGUAUUGUAGGGGCCAAUGAGUGGUUUGUGUAACAGCAACCAUCAUUGGACAGUGCUGCACACAUUGUGGUGUUAGCUCCUCUCUGACCUGGGACAUCCAUGGUUACUCUCUGUCCAAUCACAUUUCUUCCCCUGUGUCGUGUUUUUGCCAGGUUGAAUCCAGCUUCAUCCACAAAGAUGAAUGUAUGUGCAGUUUGCCUGGCUUCCAUCUCCAUUACUCUCUAAAAUACAGUAAAUCCACAGUUUUACAGUACUUUACAUUAUGCAUAGCUGUGUAUAUACCCUGUUUAGUUAAUGAACAUACAUCUUAGCUGGACAUAUUGAUACCAGAGUUCUUUCACACGUUCACCGUUUCUCUCAAAGGGUACAGUGUACAACUGCUUCAUCCUUAUUUUAUGUUUCUCUAGGACACUUGGGUAGGUUUUCAGCUGAAAUUGCAAUCAGCUGUGUUUGGAAUGAUUACAUAUUCUGCUGAGAUGUUCUAUAUGUUUCUAUCUGGUUACUGCAGAAAUACACAACAUUUGCCAUCAUUCUGUUUUGAACACUUUUGGAAACAGUGUGUUAGUGGGAAGAAAAAGAAAGUGAACCCUUUGGAAAUACCUGGAUUUCUACAUAAAUUGGUCAUAAAAUGUUAUCUGAUCUUAAUCUAGGUCACAACAAUAGAGAAACAUGGUCUGCUUAA